AUGGUACUUGGAACAACAGCGUCUGAUAGCAGAUCACGUGAAAGAAUAUCUCGGAAACCCCCACUUCCAAGAGCAGUCACCACUAUAGCGACAAAGGCUGGGAGGGCCAUUUCGACAACUCACAUCAAGCAGCAAGCGCCCAUUAAAGCACGUCCAGUCUCAAAGCCAAGUACUGCUGCUGUCACCCGAAGUACAACAAAGCCAAGGCUUCCACCGCGACUCAAGCCAGCAGGUCCCCAGGUCAAUGUCGACGCCCUCGUCAUAUCAGCCCAGCUCGUACCAUGGAUAUCAAUGCGUAUCGCUCUUGAGAGCCAGCUCAAGCCACUCGAAGCUGCAUUCGAGAAUGUGGUGCAACAAGAACGACAGCGGCUAGACAAGCUCGAGACUAGUAUCAGAGAGGCGCAACAAAGAUCUAAACUUCAGGGUCAGAUUGAGAUGCUCGAGGAUCUACACCAGAAUAAGCCAUUUGCGACGUUGCUCGUGCGAGUACUAUCCCAGAUCAGUUCUUUCGAAGCAACCGAGGGACCACAUUCAACGACCGACGUGAGCUCCAAACUACAGCUACUGCAAGAUCAAAUCCAAAGCAAUGACGAAGAGCUCGGUCAACUGGAGGCAGAUCUGGCAAGCCGAUUGAAUUCAGUCCACGAGCUACAAGGCUCCAUUCGCCAACUCAAGCACCAGCUAUCAACAGACUUUAAAGCGUACACUCGCUGGGACAGCAUGCUCAAUCAACUCGAGGCUCUUGUUGCCUCCCGCUUGCAAACCCUCGGCGAGCUUGCAAAAGCUAUACCAUUCGUCCGAAAGUUACAGCGCACGCGGAUAGAACUUGAAGUUCUUAGAAUAGGGACGGCUGGUUCGUAA